AGAGAAGAGGGAGGCGAUGGGCGCUGGGGUGGAGGUGAAGACCCUGUUGGACGUUGUUACUGUCCAUGCGUGGGGGUUGUUCGAUAUGGACCUAGGUUCCACUGUUUGGGCAAUGACGAGGAGGACCUGCUAGCUGGGCACGUAGAAAGGGCUGUUGUGCUAGCUGGGCGUAUUGGAGGGGCUGCUACGCUAGUUGACCACUGGAGGGGCUACUAUGCUAGCUAG